AUGAAGCACCUGAAUAUUCAUAUCUUUGUACUGGUACUUAGCAUACUCAAUAUCUCAUUUGCAGUGAAUAUGGGAUAUGACAAAAAUGCAGGAGCUGAAAUUAUCGUAUCAAACGACGAUAUGAAUAUCCUCACCUUCAAGACAGCUACGGCCUUGAAGGCUGACGGGACAACGACAGCCAGAGCGUGGGUCAGGUGGUUUCCUAAGGAAGCAGAAUUUCAGGACAUCCAAGUGAAACCAGGCGACAAAGUAUCUAUGACAGUAGAAGCUAUCUCCAACUCGACCGCCGCUGUCGCAAUCGAAAAUAGGAGCUCUAAGCAAAGUACCAUCAGGAAGAUCCAGUCUGUAGACUCAGGAAAUCCUCCUCUGGACGUCUGCAACGGUCGCGGUGCUGCCUAUGCUUUUAUUGAGAGGAUUGGAUCGGACUCCGAUACCCUUCCACAGUUUGACGAUGUCAUAUUCGAUUCUUUCGAAACAACUAUAUGGAAUGAUACACAGCAGCCAUUGAAUGCCAACAUCGAUGAUGCAUUAGUCGAUAUGACAGGCUAUGGUUGGGCUGCUGAUGCCAGCACAACAGCGUUUUCGGAAACAGGAUUCCGAGUUCAUUCAACUCAAGGAUCUUGUUCUAAAUAA